CGCUUUAAUGUCAAAGUGGGAAAUCAAACAGCUAGACGUUAAAAACGCUUUCCUUCAUGGUAACUUAAAGGAAACAGUGUAUAUGGAACAACUUCUAGGUUUUCAUGAUCUCCUCAAACCUUCUCAUGUUUGUCUUCUAAAGAAGUCCCUCUAUGGCUUAAAACAGGCACCAAGAGCUUGGUUUGACAAACUCUCUCAAUGUCUCAUUAAGUUCAGUUUUCUUUGCAGCAGAGCUGAUCCUUCCUUGUUCAUUUGCAACAAUGGUAAAUAUAUUUUACUUCUUUUAAUUUAUGUAGAUGAUGUUAUUAUCACAGGAUCAAACACAGCCUUCUUGAGUAAGAUCAUUCAUUAUUUGGGCACACAAUUUGCUCUCAAAGACCUUGGAGUCAUUCAUUACUUCCUUGGCAUUGAAGUUAAGCAUUUCAAUGGGGGACUCUUCUUAUGUCAAUCGAAAUAUACACAAGACUUUCUUAAGCGUGCAAAUAUGCUUAGUGCAGCACCUAUGCCCACUCCCAUCUCUGUCAAACCACCAAAUCUGCCAGAUGCAUCUGAACCCGUGGAUGCAACAGAGUUUCGCAGCAUUGUAGGUGCAUUGCAGUACCUAACCUUUACUCGUCCAGAUAUCCUAUAUGCUAUAAACAAGACUUGUCAACAUUUUCAGAGUCCUACCAAGGGUAAUCUUCAAGCAGUUAAGUGCAUCCUACGUUAUUUAUGUGGAACCUUGAACUAUGGAAUCCGGUUAUUGGCACAAAGUUCCUCUACUUUGUUUGCUUGCUUAGAUGCAGAUUGGGCUGGCUGUCCCAUUCCAAGGAGAAGUACUUCAGGUUACUGUGUUUACUUAGGUGCUAAUUGUGUAUCUUGGUCUUCAAAGAAGCAAUGUACCAUUUCACGUUCAAGUGCUGAAGUAGAAUACCGAGCUCUGGCUGCAGCAACUGCUGAAUUGCUUUGGUCGUCUUAUAUUCUUCAAGACAUUGGCUUUUCUUACUCAAAACCAGUUCAAUUUUUAUGUGAUAAUAUGAGUGCUUUACAUAUGACAACUAAUCCAGUUUUUCAUCAACGGACUAAGCAUAUUCAGCUGGACUAUCAUUUUGUGAGGGAGAAGGUUGCUGACGGCACACUGAUUACACGGUAUUUACCAUCUUCUCAACAGGUAGCUGAUGUUUUUAACAAAGUCUUGUCCAAACAUUCAUUUAAUGAUCUUCGUUUCAAGCUGGGAGUGCUUUCUAAUCCCCUCGCCAGCUUGAGGGAGCCUGACAGCACAUGAAACCCGUGAGGUCUAGUAAGACACGUGCUGUUUGUAGCUGUUGAUAUGAGCUGGUCAUCCUAUUGUCAACAUGUGAACCCGUAGCUGUUGGUAACUGAUGGUUUUGAUAACUGAUGGUUUUAUCUAGUAGAAGAUAUUAGUUAUCUUUAGGAUAUUUCAAGGAGGUGUAUAAAGAUAAGCAUCCUUGUUAGAUAAGGAGUCUUUAACCACUAGUUAUCUACUGAUGUAUAUAAGUGUGUAUAAAUAAUCACAAAGAGGUGAGUCACGGGUGUACAGAAAAUAUUAAAAAGUGAAACAGAGAGGUGUAAGUGCUGUAAGUAGAAAUCAGUUUUUGUCCAUAAUAAAAUAUUUUUUCUUCAAAUUGUUAUUUUCAUCAUAUUAUUUAUCUUUUGGUGAAUAAUUUUUAAUAUAUAUAUAUAUAUAUAUUCUUUCUUUCAAAUGCAUGUUAUAUUAGACUACUGGAGUAUUUUUCAUGUUUCCUGUUUCCUUCCUUACAAGGAACUCACUUUCCUUUCCCUCUCUAGCUAAGAAAAACCAUGUACGUAAUAUGUUGCUUAGAAAAUGAGUAUUUUGUUAAUGUUAGUGUUUGAGCUUUGAUACACAGGUAAUGGAAGGUGGAGUUUCAAACAAGAAAAAGAAAGCAAGAGCUGAUCCUUUCACUGAGAUUGUUUUUUCUUGGUCCCUGGACGACAUUCUCAAUGUCAAUCUUUAUCAGAAAAAAUUGAUAUCUAGUUAUGAUGUUUAACACAUAUAAAAAAGGGUUCUAGUUAUGAUGUUUAACACAUAUAAAAAAGAGUUUAGAUGAUUAAAAUUUGGUUAAUUCAGGUAAGCAUGGUUUUCCUUUGUGAGUAGCAUGACUCUGAUUCAUAUUGAUUUUUUUCCUUCAGUGCUUCCCAUUUUCAUUAUUUCAUCUUUACUGGGUUGUUAUAUGCAUAUAUGUAUAUAUAUUUUAUUUUAAAAGUUAAUUAAAUUGGCAAAGAAUUUUAUGUAAACUGGCAUAAACAUGUGCAUAGAUGUUAUUAAGUUUGUAAUUAAUUGUUACUGAGCAAUCGAUCACUUAGUUUACAAAAUGUAUGUUUGAUCACUUAGUUUACAAAAUGUAUGUUUAUAAUUUAUUCUAUCGGUA